AUGGCCCGCCUCUUGAUAUUGUGCACAUUCGCUGCCUUUGUGGCCUGCGCCAUGGCCUCCGUCCAGCAGCCCGUGCAGAAGCCGCAAGUUGAGCCAGGCACAGUCGGUGGUGGAAGUGGAUUUCUUCCCAACGGGGGUGGAUACUUGGGUGGUCCAUGGGGCGGAUCUUGGAGUGGACGAUGGGGCGGAUCCUGGGGUCUACCAUGGGGUGGACCCUGGGGCCAACCAUGGGGUGGCCCUUGGGGUGGUAACUGGGGUGCACCCUGGGGUGGAUCCUGGGGUGGAUCCUGGGGUGGUUUUUACCCGGGCUGGAGCAACGGCUGGAACGAUGGCUGGAACAACGGCUGGCAGCUGCAGCAGCGAGUUUGGUAG